UUGAUGUGCCUCCAGACCAAGUUACCAGAGGACUGAAAAAGGGGGAAUUAUCAUUUACCGCCGAACUUUGGAUAACAAGCACGACCCAGGAAAAUGGGGCUUGGAACGGGUAAUGACAAAUACAAGCUGGCAGCAACCUCUGAAGAUGGAGACAAAAAGAAGAAAAAAGGGAAAAAGGGGGAGAAAGAUAUGGAUGACCUUAAGAAGGAAGUCGAUAUAGAUGACCACAAGUUGACCUUGGAUGAGCUUCAUCGCAAGUAUGGAACAGAUCUUACCAGGGGUCUGUCCUCAUCUCGUGCAAAGGAGGUCCUGGCUCGUGAUGGACCCAAUGCUCUGACCCCUCCUCCAACGACCCCUGAAUGGGUCAAGUUCUGCAGACAGCUCUUUGGUGGAUUCUCCACACUGCUGUGGAUUGGAGCCAUCCUUUGUUUCCUGGCUUAUGGAAUUCAGGCUGCCUCAGAAGAUGAACCAGCAAAUGACAACUUGUACCUUGGUAUUGUGCUAUCUGCUGUUGUGAUGAUCACUGGGUGCUUCUCAUACUAUCAAGAGGCUAAGAGUUCAAAGAUCAUGGAGUCCUUCAAGAACUUGGUUCCUCAGCAAGCCCUUGUUAUCCGUGAUGGUGAGAAGAAGAGCCUCAAUGCUGAAGAAGUGGUAGCUGGAGAUCUAGUGGAGGUUAAGGGCGGAGACAGAAUUCCUGCUGAUCUGCGUAUUAUUUCUGCACAUGGAUGCAAGGUGGACAAUUCCUCCCUCACUGGAGAAUCUGAGCCCCAGACCCGUAGUCCUGAUUUCUCCAAUGACAAUCCCCUGGAGACCAGGAACAUUGCAUUCUUUUCCACAAACUGUGUUGAAGGAACUGCUAGAGGAAUUGUCAUCAACACUGGUGAUCGCACUGUCAUGGGUCGUAUUGCCACCCUUGCCUCAAGCCUUGAGGGAGGAAAAACACCAAUUGCUAUUGAGAUUGAGCAUUUCAUCCACAUCAUUACUGGAGUGGCCGUGUUCCUGGGUGUUUCCUUCUUCAUCCUCUCUCUCAUCCUUGGAUAUGGUUGGCUUGAGGCUGUCAUCUUCCUCAUUGGAAUCAUUGUUGCCAAUGUGCCUGAAGGUCUCCUGGCCACUGUCACUGUAUGUUUGACCUUGACUGCCAAGCGUAUGGCCAAGAAGAACUGCCUGGUUAAGAAUCUUGAAGCUGUGGAGACCCUUGGUUCCACAUCCACCAUCUGCUCUGACAAGACUGGUACCCUGACACAGAACCGUAUGACAGUGGCCCACAUGUGGUUUGACAAUCAAAUCCAUGAGGCUGACACAACAGAGAAUCAGAGUGGAACCUCUUUUGACAAGAGCUCUGCAACUUGGACUUCCCUUGCUCGAAUUGCUGGACUGUGCAACCGAGCUGUCUUCCUUGCUGAUCAAGAGAAUGUACCUAUACUUAAGAGGGAAACAGCUGGUGAUGCUUCAGAGUCUGCCCUGCUUAAGUGUAUUGAGCUCUGCUGUGGUUCAGUGAAGGGCUUGAGAGAAACAUACCCAAAGAUUGCUGAGAUCCCUUUCAACUCAACCAACAAAUACCAGCUUUCUAUCCACAAGAACGCCUCCGCCUCAGAGACCAAGCACUUGCUGGUGAUGAAAGGAGCCCCAGAGAGAAUCCUGGAUCGAUGCUCAACCAUUUUGAUCCAGGGAAAAGAGCAGACCUUGGAUGAUGAGUUGAAAGAUGCAUUCCAGAAUGCCUAUGUAGAACUUGGAGGACUUGGUGAAAGAGUACUUGGUUUCUGCCAUUUCAACCUUCCGGAUGACCAGUUUCCCGAGGGUUUUCAGUUUGAUACUGACGAGGUUAAUUUCCCCACUGAGAAUCUCUGCUUUGUCGGCCUCAUGUCUAUGAUUGAUCCUCCUCGUGCUGCUGUGCCUGAUGCCGUGGGCAAGUGCAGAAGCGCUGGAAUUAAGGUCAUCAUGGUUACUGGUGACCAUCCUAUCACAGCCAAGGCCAUCGCCAAGGGUGUGGGUAUCAUUUCUGAGGGCAAUGAGACUGUGGAAGACAUUGCUGCUCGCUUGAACAUUCCUGUUGGUGAAGUGAACCCCAGAGAUGCUAAAGCCUGUGUAGUCCAUGGUGGGGAGUUGAAGGAUAUGACCUCAGAGCAGCUUGAUGACAUCCUGAAACACCACACUGAGAUUGUAUUUGCUAGAACUUCCCCUCAACAGAAGCUGAUCAUUGUCGAAGGAUGCCAACGACAGGGCGCCAUUGUGGCUGUGACUGGUGAUGGUGUCAAUGAUUCUCCUGCUCUGAAGAAGGCUGACAUCGGUGUAGCUAUGGGUAUUGCUGGAUCUGAUGUCUCCAAGCAGGCUGCUGAUAUGAUUCUUCUGGAUGACAACUUUGCCUCCAUUGUUACUGGUGUGGAAGAAGGUCGUCUGAUCUUUGACAACUUGAAGAAAUCUAUUGCCUACACCCUGACCAGUAACAUUCCAGAGAUUUCACCUUUCCUCCUCUUCAUCAUCGCCAACAUUCCUCUACCUCUGGGCACAGUCACCAUCCUUUGUAUUGAUCUGGGCACUGACAUGGUUCCUGCUAUCUCCUUGGCUUAUGAAGCUGCUGAGAGUGACAUCAUGAAGAGACAGCCAAGAAAUCCCAAAUUAGACAAGCUGGUGAAUGAAAGGCUAAUUAGUGUGGCCUAUGGUCAAAUUGGAAUGAUGCAAGCCACAGCAGGAUUCUUCACAUACUUUGUGAUUCUUGCUGAGAAUGGUUUUCUACCAUCAGACUUGAUAGGACUUCGGGUCAGUUGGGAUGACAAGUAUCUCAAUGACCUGGAGGACAGCUAUGGUCAGCAGUGGACAUAUGAAAGCAGAAAGAUUAUAGAGUACACAUGCCAUACUUCGUUCUUUGCCAGUAUUGUGAUUGUACAGUGGGCUGACUUGAUCAUCUGUAAGACCAGGAGGAACUCUAUCCUACAUCAAGGAAUGAAGAACAAAAUCCUUAUAUUUGGACUGUUUGAGGAGACAGCUCUGGCUGCUUUCCUGUCCUACUGUCCAGGCAUGGAUGUAGCUCUCAGAAUGUUUCCACUCAAGCCUUGCUGGUGGUUCUGUGCAUUCCCUUACUCACUCCUAAUCUUCCUCUAUGAUGAGGCAAGAAGAUAUAUCCUCCGGCGCAACCCUGGAGGCUGGGUGGAAAAGGAGACAUAUUAUUAGAGACGAACGAACCAGCUUCUGCCAACACAUACAUGGACACAACACUCAGCUGGGCAUCUCUCGGGAUGACGCGUUUUCUAUUGUAUUUAUGAAUUUAAGUGCACCAUGGCAGCUGAUAUGGGGCUUUGUGUGUUUUGAAGAAUUUAAAAUAAAAAAUGA